CUAAUAUUCUGCUCGCUGUUGUCCCUUGUUCCGACCGUCGGCUCUGUGCGGGAGUUUUUACCACUCUGCUGUUUGGUCACACCGAGCAGAGGUGCUGCUGCUCUAAAAAAGACUCUAUAACUAGACUCCUGUCUGUUCUCCAAUACUAACAGAUUCUAUCACGUCCUGGAACUGUUUAUACCUACCUUUUGCCACUGACCUCAACACCGCUGCCAGUUGAGAGGCUAAGUACGAAAACUAACGUUGUAACGGUCGGUAAACGCGACCUAGACUGUCUACCAACCGCCCUCCAUCGGUGACGUAAACUCACAGAGGACUUUUGAACACGAGAAGAGGAGGAGUCUGUUUGUGAGCGAAGGAGGAGACCAGUCGGUAGACUCCACGGACACUGAGCGGUACUGUUAUUGUGGCACAGCUCGGUAGUUUGUCCCCGUAGUGUGUUGAAAAUAGAAGACGGUUACUCCUUCCCGACCGCAACGGUUGCACUCAAGAGUGUUCUGAAGAGUUCAGCAGCAGCAGGAGGCGGAGCACAAAUUCUCAACGGCACAGGCACUGAAAGUCGCGGGAAGAACGGUCGACGACGAAGAAGUAGGUUGUCGAAGAAUUCUCUGGUAAAUCCAUGACCAGGGACCUUUUUGCCUGAAGGCAGCUAUGGAAGUUGUUGUUGCGGAGGAAAAGAAGAAGAUUUUCCGUGCAAGGAAGACCAUGAAGAUAAGUGAUCGUCAGCAACUCGAGACUCUUCAUAAUACUUUGUUAACAGCUGCCCCAGGUUUAUCUGAAACAUCAUCCUCACCGCCUCUAAUGAACGGAACACACAAAGACGAUGGACCAAAAGAGGGAGACAAGGAGCAAAACAAUGUGUCAGACUCAAACUCGCCCCGCGCUGCAUCCCCUGCUUCUCCAGCCUCUCUGAGCUCUCCUGCUCCUUUCCUGUCCCUAAAUCUCUCCCCUUCCCCUGCCUCUUCACAAAGUCCACAAGCAAAAGAUGAUGAUCCUGCUACUCCCACAUCGCCAUUCCACUCUUUGAACUUUGAACUGAAAAAGAUGGAGCAGGAGGAGGACAAGGGGGAGGAGAAGAAAGGCUCUUCGUCCUCCUCAUCAAAAGAAUCGAUACCAGCAGCAUCAGCAGAAUCCAAGGAAAAUCAGAAAAAAGACAGCGAGGUGAUCUCAGAAAAGAAGAAUAAGGAGGAUGAUCAGACUGCAACAGAUGACCCAGCAGUGGAUUUGGUUAAGGGUUCUGAUAAAGGUUUGGAUUCAAGCUCAACUGAGCCACCUUCAGUAUCUGACUGUACAGAACCAAUGGAUACAGACAGUGGCACUGCAAAGGCCCAGGGCACAGAGACAUCCAAGGCCAAUGUAAAAGAUGAAAAGCCUUCCUCUCCAAAAUCUACCGCUUCUGAUUCCUCUCCUACUUGUCCUUCUUCAUCUAAUCCAGCUUCAUCUUCCUCUGUGGAAGUAAAACAAGAAAAGAAGGACAUCCACAAAGAGAAGAUAAAAGAAGAAAAAGAUGAGAAAGACAACAAGAAGAAAGGCUUGGCAAAUGAAGAAAAGAUGGAGGUGGAUUUUGUGAAGGUGGAGCCCAAAACGGAAAACACAGAAGUUAGACAAACUACAAAGCCGUCUCGACCAUCGUCCACCCCACCCUCCAAUACAGCUCAAGAGGAGAGGAGCUCCACCUCUGGACUGAAGCGCACUUUUUCAGAGGGUUAUGAAAAAGAGGAACAAGCUGUAAAAAGAGACGGGAAGAGGCCUAAGGUGGAGCGUGAGGAGUUGGAAGCCCAAUUAGAACUUAAAAUCACUGCAAAUGCUGGAAGUAACCAUAAACUAGAGAAGAUUGUGCAGAAGUUGGUGGAUGAACGGCUGAGGGUCCUGGAACUAACUAUUUUUGACAAACAUUUCCAAGAGCUGAAGACUAGAGUAGACAAAAUCGACUGUGCCACUAAACACCAAACUGCUAUUAACACACUCCAGGCCAAGAUAGCACGACUAGCAAAGAAAUUUGGAGAGGCAAAUCAGGCGUCUGAGAACAAGAGAAAAAGUGAGGCACUUGCUGCUGCUGCUAAUGCUGCCAAGACAACCACAGUUUCAACUAACCCUCAAACUCAACGGCAAGUCCGCACGUCCACGGAGGUAAAGCAGACUGUAACUGUUUCUUCGUCCAGCACAGCUGUCCCUCCAACUCAACCAGUCCCUGCUGCAGCUUCAGCCCAAACAACCACCUCCACUGCUAUGGUAACACAGGCACCCAUCCUCCAGCUGAUCACCUCCACAUCUAAUGCUGCCUCCACCUUAGCUGCUGGCAUAACCACUCAGAGUCCUACAGGCACCUUGCUGCUGAAGACAGCCCCGGGGAGCAGCAUGAUGACCACAGGCCAGCCGCUCCUCAUCCAGCUGCCUUUAUCCAUGGCUAAUGGCCAGGCAGGAACACUGGUCAACAUUCCUGUUUCCUCUUUGUCUGCAGCUAGCUCACUCACCAAGGCCAAAACCACUGCUUCUACCGCCACUUUUAUACUCAAGCCUGCUUCAGCUGUCACCACAGCACCAGCCUCUGCCCCAGCAGCUGCAACCGCCCCAGCGCUCCAGGCCUCUACUGGCCAGAUGUCUUCCCCCCAGAUUUCUCUUGCCCGUGCUGUCUACCAGGGAGGUGCUGGGGGGAUAACUACACCCAAUGCAGGGGUAUCUGUGACAACAGCCAGGACACCUGCUCAGUCUGUCUCUGUAGCAGGAGCUAUGUCUUCAGCCUCUUCCCCUGCAACCUCUGGACCUGCAGCAACUGGGUCGACUGCUCCAGGACCACCUCAAGGGACAUCUCUGACAUCCAAGACAGACAACCAAGCUUCAGGAUCCACUCCAUCUAAAGCAGCUGCUCCAGCAGCACGACCAAAAGGCUCUGUAAUCGACCUCACUGAGGAUGACGAUGAUGUACAAGUGACAGGAGUGAAGAAUGCCACUCCAGCUGCUCCUUCGCCCUCCCAGCGUCCUGCCCCAGUCAUCAGCAUUCCUAACACUGCAGGAGCAAGGUCCUCCCCACAGACAACUCAGAACUCUUCCAAUACUCCGCAGUUGACAGUCCACCACCGCCCCCCACUGGACUCUCCUGUAAAGUCCCGCACUUCCACAAGUGCACCUUCUCGGAACUCCAGCCUGACGCUGCCCCCACUCCCAGCUGCACCUGCGCCUCCACGCUUACCCCCAGAAGCUGAGCGGACCUCAUCUCCUCAGCAGCCUCAGCUGAAGCUGGUGCCAAGUCAGACUGGUGGUAUAGUACUGUCUUGGUGUGUGGCAGAAACUGAUCAGACCUGUGCCACUGUGGACAGCUAUCACCUCUAUGCCUUCCAUCAGGACAACUCGAGCAGCAACACAGCGCAGCAGCACUGGAAGAAGAUUGGGGAGGUGAAUGCUCUUCCUCUGCCCAUGGCCUGUACGCUGACCCAAUUCCAGUCCGGCUCCACCUAUUAUUUUGCUGUAAGAGCCAAAGACAUUUAUGGCCGUUUUGGCCCCUUCUGUGAACCUCAGUGCACAAACGUCAUCACUUCAAGCUCUAGCUGAAAAGUUAAGGAAUGAAAUCUUUUGCAGUUAAAAGUUAAAGGCUUUUAUUUCUCUUUUUGUGUUAGGAACUCAUUUAUUGUAUGUUGAACACUAACAGUAUCUGUAAAUAUCUCUCUGUAACAACUGAACUUUUAACAGAUUUGGGAGGAAUGUAGAGGCAAACAGUCGCUUUUGUCUGGUUAAUGUAUGUAUUGUAUUUUUUGUGACCUAAGCUGUUGUGUAUAUAAUUGAAUUACUUCGCCUCUCUUUCAAGUCAGAUAUUUAUGUUGUUCAACCGUUACUCGUAUCAGGAUGUCUCUUGCUUUACUCAAGUAUAGGUGACAUGAUUGUCAGUGUAAACUCAGAAUUGCACAGAAAUGUAUAAUUGUGUGGUAGGACUGAAUGACAACUUUUGUAAGAUUUGUCUGGCAACCAGACUUUGACAAACACAAUAAUAAAGGGUUUUUAUUAA